AUGCGUUUGCAUCCAUCCGCUCUCCACUCCCCCAGCUCGCAAUAACUCCUUCCACCCCAUCUCCACAUUCUCCCAUCCGCCGUUCCCCUUCCUCCCCUCCUCCUCCCCCUCCCAUGGCGUCGAGAUCUCUCCACGCGCUUCCGCCCGGCUCCUGCUAGCCAGCUUCGUGCGCGGCCGGAGCGCUGGUUCCCGCAGCUUCUCGCAUGCGAUAUCGCCACCAGACGACAGAUUCUUCAGGAGGCAUCGGCGAGCAGGGAUCGGAGAAUGGGAGCGGCUGGAGGGCACGAGCUAGGGCUUGGGAGGCACUAGGAGCGGGCUGCCACCGUUCAUGACGCCGGCGAGGCGCAUGCCGGCGAUGAUUGGCCGGAAUGGCGUCGCGUAUGGGUCCUCUUCGGCGCUGUCUUUGAGCCAGGCUGACCUGCUAGACAGCCAUCACCUGCAGCAAGCGUUCCAGCAGCAACUCUUUGAUCAGAUCCCAGCUGGGGUGGACAGCGGCGACAACAUCAUCCAUGGCCGCUCUGACACACUGGCAGAUGAGUUCGAGAGCAAGUCGUGCAGCGAGAACCCUGAUGGCACCUCUGGCGAUGACGGCCAGGAAGACCCCAACCAGCGGCCGAACAAGAAGAAGCGGUACCACCGCCAUACCCAGCACCAGAUCCAAGAAAUGGAAGCGUUCUUUAAGGAGUGCCCGCACCCAGAUGACAAGCAGCGGAAGGAGCUGAGCCGGGAGCUCGGCCUCGAGCCACUGCAAGUCAAGUUUUGGUUCCAGAACAAGCGCACACAGAUGAAGAACCAGCAUGAGCGGCAGGAGAAUGCGCAGCUGCGCGCGGAGAACGACAAGCUGCGCGCCGAGAACAUGCGGUACAAGGAGGCGCUCAGCACGGCCUCCUGCCCCAGCUGCGGCGGCCCUGCUGCCCUCGGCGAGAUGUCCUUCGACGAGCACCACCUCCGGCUCGAGAACGCCCGCCUCCGCGACGAGAUCGACCGGAUCUCGGGCAUCGCUGCCAAGCACGUCGGAAAGCCCAUGGUCUCCUUCCCGGUGCUCUCCAGCCCGCUCGCCGCCGCUGCCGCCCGCUCCCCGCUGGACGUCGUCGGUGCGUUCGGGUCGGCCGGCCUUGGCCCCGACCACCUGUUCGGUGUUGGCGCCGGUGCGGGAGAGCUGCUGAGGAGCGUGUCGACCGGCCAGCUCGACGCUGACAAGCCCAUGAUCGUGGAGCUGGCCGUCGCCGCCAUGGAUGAGCUCCUACGGAUGGCACGGCUGGACGCGCCACUGUGGGGCAAUGGCGCGGCAGGAGCACAGCUCGACGAGGAGGAAUACGGCCGGAUGUUCCCAGGCGGGCUUGGGCCGAGGCAGUAUGGGCUACGGCCGGAGGCAUCCCGUGACGGCGCCGUGGUGAUCAUGACGCGUGACAGCCUCGUUGAGAUACUCAUGGACGCGAACCGAUUCGCUGCUGUGUUCUCCAGCAUUGUGUCGAGGGCUUCGACGCACGAGGUGCUGUCAACUGGCGUGGCAGGGAGCUAUAAUGGUGCAUUGCAAGUGAUGUCAAUGGAGUUUCAGGUGCCUUCGCCGCUUGUGCCAACACGGGAGAGCUACUUUGCAAGGUACUGCAAGAACAAUCCAGACGGGACGUGGGCCGUUGUUGACGUCUCGCUCGACAGCCUCCGCCCUAACCCUGUCUUGAAGUGCCGGCGCAGGCCAUCCGGCUGCCUUAUCCAAGAAAUGCCCAAUGGCUAUUCAAAGGUGACCUGGGUGGAGCAUGUCGAGGUCGAUGACAGGUCAGUGCACAAUCUCUACAGGCCUUUGGUGAAUUCAGGGCUUGCAUUUGGUGCGAAACGGUGGGUCGGCACCCUGGACCGACAAUGUGAGCGCCUCGCCAGCGCCAUGGCCAGCAACAUCCCCAAUGGUGACCUUGGUGUGAUCACAAGCAUAGAGGGGAGGAAGAGCAUGCUUAAGCUGGCAGAGCGGAUGGUAGCGAGCUUCUGCGGUGGCGUGACCGCGUCCGCUGCACACCAGUGGACGACCCUCUCGGGCAGCGGUGCUGAAGACGUGCGUGUCAUGACCAGGAAGAGCGUGGAUGACCCCGGCAGGCCCCCCGGCAUCGUGCUCAAUGCUGCUACCUCCUUCUGGCUCCCAGUCCCGCCCAAGAGGGUCUUCGACUUCCUCCGUGACGAGACCUCUCGCAGCGAGUGGGACAUUCUUUCAAAUGGUGGUGCCGUCCAAGAAAUGGCUCACAUUGCCAACGGCCGGGACCAUGGCAACUGCGUCUCCCUUCUUCGUGUCAAUAGUGCAAACUCGAACCAGAGCAACAUGCUGAUCCUGCAGGAGAGCUGCACCGACGCGUCGGGGUCCUACGUCGUGUACGCGCCGGUGGACGUGGUGGCGAUGAACGUGGUGCUGAACGGCGGCGACCCGGACUACGUGGCCCUGCUGCCGUCGGGCUUCGCCAUCCUCCCCGACGGGCCACCUGGUGCUUCUCCCCAUGGAGAGAUAAGCGCCGGCUUGGAGGCCGGCGGCGGAUCCCUCCUGACUGUGGCGUUCCAGAUCCUGGUGGACUCGGUCCCCACCGCCAAGCUCUCACUGGGCUCUGUCGCCACCGUGAACAGCCUCAUCGCCUGCACCGUGGAGCGCAUCAAGGCCGCCGUCUGCGCGGAAGGCAACCCACAGUAGCCAUCCAUAUGAUUUCGAGUUGCAGGAGGGGGGAGCAGCUGGAUUUUUGGAGUAUUCAUCAUUUGGGAGUCAAGAACGCACCUCAGACUCUCCUUGCCAUGUGGUGCUCAUACUGCUAGUGUUGAAGAAACCUUGCGAAAACGUCGCGGAAAGGAAGGCGGUCACCACUAUGCAAGGGGGGAUGGUUCGGGUAUUGACUUCCCCAUCGAUUCUACUACAGAAUGGAUGCUGCUGAGAUGAUGCUGUGUCUGGUCUCUUUCUACAAGUUUAGGGUUUUCGAUUAGCCGCUGUGUACCGUGUCAUGUUUGUGCUGUUGCUGUUGUUCAGGCUAAGGCGCCUGCCUGCAUGCUGGUAGCUAGAGAACAGAGAUUUGUUGCCUCUCUUUUUUUUUGGAUUUGCAAAGAUUUGUAGAAUCUAGGUGUUCGGUCAUAACCAAUCCUGGGCUAAAA